AGAAAUCCCUUCCACUGCAGUUUCGUUAACAAGCGUCACCAGUUUAGAGAUCAAUUUGUCUUUCUUGACUCAACCCCUGAAGAUCAGCAGUGGCAUUUGCUCAGCUGGAAGUCUGCUGUUGGAAUACAUGUCCUUGAGUACCUCUUACUGGGUACUGGAGACAACUCACAGAGGCAUGGUUCAUAGUGGACUCUGGAACAUCUGCUUAGCUCCAAAAUGCAACCUGUACCAGUUUAAUCUCUUAGCUUUGCACAUCCAUGUUACCCGCACCUUCCUGCUGAUGGCCCUUUUCUGUGGCUUCAUAGGGUUGAUUUUCAUUUGCAUCUCUUUUGAACGUAACAAGCUAUACAAUGUAUCGGUGAUAAAAGCAGCCGCCAUCUUCAGCUUCAGUGCAGGUUUCCUCAUUCUGGUUGCCAUGUCUGUGUUCACAGCCAUUGUUAGGAGAUCCCCAGGAUAUGCCCAACGUUUAGUAGUAUUUGGCACAUCCUUCAGCUUGGGCUGGGCCUCCAUUCUUAUGUACAUCAUCACUG